UGUCUCUUUAGCGCUGCAGGUUGAAUCCAUUGCCCCUAUUUCCUGUCACAUGGCGUGGAAAUAGGAUCCCUGGUUUCUACUAUCUGCUCUCGUCUCCGCGGUGUCAGAGUUGUGCUGCGGCUGAAGUACCUGCCGUGACGCUCAGACACUUUUUUUUUGUGAAGCGACUCUUGCCUAUAGCCUCCUGCCAGCCAAGCAAGCCGGUCGCCAGCGUGCGCAUCAGGCUGUACUUCACCUGAGAGGAAGAGCCGCUUCAGACUUUUUAACUCGCACCAUGGACUCCUGGAGCGCCACCUCUGCGCUUUUCCUGGCUGGCUUUAUUACAUCGGCGGCUUUUCGUCAUUUCGACAGCGAGUGUUACACUGCCAACGGACAGGACUACAGGGGCUUCCAAAACCAAACCAGCCUGCAUGGAGGGAAACCCUGCCUGUUCUGGAAUGAGACCUUCCAGCACCCUUACAACACCCUCAAGUAUCCCAAUGGAGAAGGAGGUCUGGGCAGCCACAACUACUGCAGGAAUCCUGAUGGGGACGUCCAGCCUUGGUGCUACAUCACCGAUCACGAAGACGUUUCAUACUGGAAAUAUUGUGACAUCCCUUCGUGCCAGAUGCCUGGGAACCUGGGCUGCUUCAAAGACACCGGUCAUCCUCCGACUCUCCCUGGAGUCCAUGAGAUCUCCAACAAACUCACGAUCCAGACCUGCAUCAACUUCUGUCGAAGUCAGAAAUACUCGCUUGCUGGCAUGGAGUCAGGUUAUGCCUGCUUCUGUGGCAACGAAGCAGACCUGCAAGACCAUGUGGAGUCGUCCAGCAUGGAGUGUAACCACGUUUGCUUCGGCGAUCACACUCAGCCCUGCGGAGGAGACGGCUGGGUCAUCGUCUUUGACGUCCGGGUUGGCGCCUGUGGCGGGAACUACACGUCCCCCGCUGGAGUGAUCUACUCCCCAGACUUCCCUGACAAAUAUGCCGCCAGCCGCGUUUGCUACUGGACCAUCCAGGUCCCCGGAUCCUACGCCAUCCUCUUCAACUUCACCUUCUUCGACAUCUCCGACCAGACCGACAUGGUGGAGCUUCUGGACGGCUACACCAGGGAGGUGGUUGCCCGCUUCGACUGGCGCAGCCCGCCGCGGGGGCUGGUGAACAUCACAGGAGACUUUGUCAUUCUGUACUUCUUCUCGGAUCGCACCAAUCAGGCUCAUGGCUUCGCUCUUUUGUACCAAGCUCUCAGAAGGCAGGACGCCAGGACCACAAUUCCCAGAGGCUCGGAUGAAAAAGAGAGCAAAGACGCCUCCAGCACGCUGGGCCCUCAGCUGUCCAGCAGCGUCACCGAGGGAUCCAACAGCACCGCCAACGGACGCACCUCGCACAUCCUCUACGUGAUCACGUCCAGCCCCGGCAAACCCGAGCGCAACAUGCCAGGUCAGUGGGCUGGACGCGGCGAGACCACCGGCCACAGCACUAUGUGGACCAUCUACGCUCUGGCUGCUCUGCUCAUACUGACGGUGGUGGCGAUGGUGGCCAAGCUGCUGCUCCACGUCACGGUCAAGACGCCGAACAUCCCGACAGUCAGUGGCUCAGACAGCUGCAGCCAGAGCACGGUGUCCUCCGAGCCGUGGAUCAUCCUGUACCGGCCCUCCACCAUCUCCCUCUUCAAGAAGAAGCUAAAGAACCACCAUGGGGACCUCAGCCCUCUAGUGGGCCACUAAUGCUGCUGCUGAUGCUGCUCUCCACCUUUAUCGCCGUCCACAAAUACUCUGCUCAAGGGCCGUCGGAUGACAUGGCCCUGAGACAGUGAAAUCCAACAAGGCGCUUCACUAAUAAGCAAACGAAUGAGUGACUAAAGGCAACUGACUCAGUGACUGCCGCUUAAAUGGCCUUUUGGCCAAAACAACAAAAAAGACAAGGCACUCCCAUUCCUCUUAGCACCAAAGAAGGAGGGUCACAGCAACAGAGAGGAGAGCUAAGAGACUGGAUGGAAGAAGAUCUAGACGCUCUCAACACGUAGGGGGCCGUUUUCAUCCAUCGCAGCCGUCCUCAGCAAUCAGCAUACCUCUAAAAUCCCUCCAGGCUGCAGCUUCAUCAGUGAAAACUCACACCUAAACACCUGCAGUCAAAGCUUAACAGUUUCACAUAAACUCCUAACUGCCUCAUACAGAAGAACAUUUGCUGUCAAAACCAGAGACGUUUUCCCUCCAAAGACUUGUAUAUGUUUGUCUUUUCUAUUCUGUUUGCAAACGCUAAUCUUGAGCUUCUUUCUUUUUCUCCUUGAUGUGUUUGUCAUGAUAACCUGGGAGAGGAAAUCAACAGUACACUGAGAUAUCGUAGCACUUUAGGUGCUGAUCAGAGUGAAGGAGAGCUCCCUCACCCACCUUUUGCUCCAACGUUUGGGUGGAGAGAAGAAGUCACAGGAAGGUUUGGGAUUUGUUUUCUUCCUGACAAGCUGCCAGUUUGGGAGUCUUGGGAAGAUCUGGGGGCUUGUUUUUCCCGCUUACGCUGUGGGUGGGAGUCUUUCCGGUUUCAUGGUGUUCAAGUGCCUUAAGGAUCUCCUCUUCCCCUGCAUCGGAUUCCACACAUCUGUUUCUGUCUUUAUGUCGACCGGGAACCCUCACAGUCUUCAGAACCGGUGCAGAUAUGAGGAGUGAGAUUCCCAAGACAGGAUUUCUAUCUUUGGAAAAAUGCCAGAUUUUGUGUGCGAGGGGAAGCAAAUCCGCCGCCAUCAGGAAAGCAACUCUUCAUAAAAACAUAUAUUUUGUUUAAUUUGUGUGCUCUUACUUGUAGUCUUGGACAUUUACUGAACAUAUUGUUCGCAUUAACUCUCAGUCUUUUGAUUGCAGGAGAAAGGGGGUGAAUAUUGUUGUAUAUCCUAUAAUUCAUUGUGGAAACAGAGAUAUUUAUGACCACUCUUUGAUUUUAUUGUCUCAGCAAACCAUUCGAGAGACCCAUCUGCUUUUAUUUUAAACGUUCUCAUUUGGCGAGCUCUAAAGUGGAACGCGUAGGCAGCCUUAGAGUGUCUUGAGAACCAACAGACUCUCGAGUUUUUGGACUUGUCACGCAGAUUUCAGGCCCGAAAGGUUGAACGCAAACGAUACACUCAGAAAGUGCUCAGCAGUGCCACCGACAAGCCGACGUUAAGUUUGCAGCUGUGACAUAUUAACCACUUCAGAAAGGUCAGAAUCUACCAUUGUGCCAUCAGCAGUUGGUUUUUCUUGCGUGGGGUUAUGACGCCUGAGGUGGUUUCUUCACUCAAUGCACUUGGUUUCGCUCGUACUUACAAAACAAAACGGUACUUAUCCUUGGUUGCAUUUAGAUUAUGUUGAAAAUGAAUCAAAAUGACCUGAUCAACAACCUGAGCACUUGAAGCAGUGAACAGAUUCAUGCAGGAUCUGAAUCAAUUAAAAAAGAAUAAUGCAUCGCUGUCUCCCAAUUAGAAGUUUGUAAAAAAAAAUAAAAUAAAAAAGUGACUCAAUGCUGUCUUGUGCUCAUCUGCUCAGCUGCAGUGAUUGCAGGAUGUGAGCAGACGCCCCUGGGUCUGCGAUGUUCAGAGCUGACCAUGCGUGGAGAGGAGUGGGACGGGGAAAUUAAUGCGCUUUCAAGUCAAACACAAGCUAAUCAAAUGUGACAGUCGGUAUCUAACAAGGGUACAUUUGUUUGGCUAGCCUGGUGAAUUAUGCAAACUCCCGUCUUCUGUCCCGUCCUCCAGUCGGUCGGAAGAUUCCACGCUACGUCUCUUUCGGAGUACUCAGAAAUGUCCACAUCUCCCCCCCUUCAGAUUGUUGCAAAUGUCCUGAAGUGCUCGAUGACAUGAAAGCAAUAGCAUAGACCCUGUGGGAAACUGUCACCAGGGGCCAAAAUGUUUUCAUCAAAUUGUAAAUAGCGAAAUAUAGUGAAAUGUUAAUUUAUACAGUAAAUUAUUGUUAUUUUGUAUGUGAAUGGGAUAUAAUCUAUCUUUUGUAUAAGUGAAGUAUCUUUGUAGUUUUAUUUAAUGUGUCCUGGUUGUAAAUAAACACUGUAUGCAUGUUUCUUAA